AUGUCUGAUUCCAAGCCCGCAGUUCUGCUCUUCGGCUCCCUUUCCCUGUCCUUCGACGAGAAGGCCUUUCAACAGCUACACCACUGGGCCUGGGAGACGCUUACGUGCCUUCCCCAUUCCUAUCAAACGAUCGUGGCUGCCGUCCCUGCUCUGGAGUCUGCUUCUACUCUCGAACACCUCCACGACCUCAAGAAGGCCGUCCAACGUCAACAGCCAUUGACCAUACCUUUCCCUCUGCCGAAUUCAGCCCUAAUUCCCCUUGUUGUAGUCUUCCAAUUGACUCAAUAUGCGGAUAUGGUUGAGGAUGCCACCAUCGACCUGGACCCCCGGGUUGACCUCUUCGCUGCAUCAAUCCACGGCCAAGAAACAUUGGGCUUCUGUACCGGUCUCCUCAGUGCCAUCACGGUCUCGAGUGCCCGGAACAAGGAACAGUUCUGCCACUUCGCUGCCGUUGCCGCCCGACUGGGUCUUCUUGUUGGCAUGGUCGUCGACGCAUGUGAUGCCGCGUCUUUGGGGCCGUCACGAUCGCUGAUUGCCGCCUGGAGCUUAGGGAAGAAGGAGAACGAGCUGCAUCAAAUACUCCAAGCCUUUCCAGAGAUAGUGUACCCCUCGCCCCCCUUCGCGCUGAAAGCCCUAGUUGACCUAAAACAGGCGUAUUUGUCAGUCUACUACGAUGAGGAUCGUGCAACGGUCACCACCGCAGCCUCAACCCUCUCCCCACUGCUGGAACAAUGUCGAGCAGCGGGCAUUCUAGCUGCAGAGGUCGGGCUAUUCGGGCGAUUCCACAGUGAUGCCCACAGCAAUCUUCUUCCAGCUAUUCUCGACUUCUGUGACGCCCACCCGAGCUUUCAGUUUCCGGACGCCUCAGAACUGGUCAUACCAACACAAUCCAAUGCCGGAGGAGCUUUCAUCCACCGAGGGUUCCUGCACCGCCAUGCUCUUCAGCAGAUCUUGAUAGACCCACCGCAGUGGUUUGCAGCAGUUGACACUGUCCGCAAAUCACGGCUGCAAGAAGACGACGCUCAUGUUGUCUCCUUCGGCACAGAGCGCUGUAUCCCACCCUCUCUCAUGCGCACAGUCGGUCAAAAGGUGAUCCAAGCGCCCGUGCCUGGGAGCUCGCAGGCUGCCUGGUACACGGAUUCCGGCAAUGAAAUUGCCGUUGUCGGGAUGGCGUGCAAAACCGCCGGUGCGGACAACCUCGAGGAAUUCUGGGACCUACUUUGCGCGGGGGAGUCUCAGCACAAGGAAGUACCCAAGGAGCGUUUUGGUUUUGAAACUGUCUUUCGAGACGUCGACCACAAGCGCAAGUGGUUUGGGAACUUCAUCAAUGGUCAUGACGAAUUUGAUCACAAAUUCUUCAAGAAAAGCCCAAGGGAAAGCGCUACAAUGGCUAGCCGAGCCCUCGGCAGUCCCAAAAGCUCGCACUUUCAAUCUAUCAACAUCAUUUGCGACAAUGGGUGGAACAACUUGGUGGAUGCAACACUGAGCCUGUGGAAGGCAGGUCUGGGUGUGCAAUUCUGGGCUCACCAGUCGAGUCAAACAAAGGAGCACCCAAUCCUUCUAUUGCCGCCCUACCAGUUUGAGCGUUCAAAGCAUUGGAUUGAACUCAAGACGCCCCCAAGAAUUACUUCGGAAGAAGACUUGAGACCAAAGAUCAUGGAGCAGGACCUGCCGGAGAAGCUUUUCAAGUUCGUCGGGUACGAAGACAAGGCCGAGCGGCAAGCGAGAUUCCGUAUCAAUACGCUGGCCGCCGAGUACGACGAACUCCUUCGUGGACACGUCAUUGCUCAGACAGCGCCUAUCUGCCCUGCCACUAUUCAGCUUGAUAUAGUCAUUGAAGCAGUACGCAGCAUCAAGCCAGCUUUCUCAUCAUCCAAGCUAGAGCCCAGGCUGUACAACGUCGAGAACGCCUCGCCACUCUGCAUCAACCUGGGGCAGGCAGUAUGGGUCGAGGCGGUUACGGAAGGUAGCGCAGCAACAACUUGGAACUUUCAGGUUUUCAGCAAUGACCUUCAGAACGAAGCCCCGCGCACAGUCCAUACCACCGGUCAGAUCGUCUUUCAGUCCGUCGAUGAUCUCGCACUGAAACUUGAGUUUGCGCGCCUGGAACGCCAUUUCAGUCACGAACAGUGUCUUGAUAUCCUGCGCAGUAACGAUCCAGACGAAGUCCUGCAGAGUAGAAACAUCCACAAAAUCUUCGCCGAGAUCGUGCACUACGGAGAGGAGUAUCGCGGGCUGCAGAAGCUGGUGAGCAAGGGAAACCAAUCGGCAGAUUUAGUAGCCAAGCAGUAUAAUCCGGAAUCAUGGCUCGACGGGCAUCUGGCUGACAGCUUCUGUCAGGUUGGAGGCAUCUGUGUCAGCUGUAUGGUUGACCGCACCAUGUCAGAUAUGUAUAUCGCAAAUGGUGUCGAGCAGUGGAUUCGCUCUCCGAGAUUUCACCAGCAAGAUUCGCGGCCUGAUUCGUACCAUGUUCUGGCGACACAUCAUCGACCCUCACCCAAGGCGUUUCUAACAGAUGUCUUUAUAUUCAAUCCGACAAAUGAUUCUCUAAUUGAGGCCAUCUUGAGUAUCAGCUAUGUGAGAGUACCGAAAGCCUCGAUAAGCAGGUUACUAUCGCGUCUUGCCAUGGGAGACUUCCAGAAGGUUGCGGAAGCUUCCACCUCUGAGCCUUUCCAUGGUGAUACCGAUGCAGAGAAAAAGGUUUUAGCAGUUCCCCAAGCACAGGUACAGAGAGCCAGUCCUUCAGCAACCAUCAAAGUGCAGGCACCAGGCAAGUUAGAGACUGCACCAAAGGUGAAGACUAUCCUUGCGGAACUCUCCGGUCUCGAGUUGAAGGAGAUCAAAGAUGACAAGUUGGCACAUGAGAUUGAAGCCGCAUUCCAGAUCACGAUUCCGGAAAAUGAGCUCAUGGAUGUCAUCGACAUUCCCAGCUUGAUGAAGUGUGUGGGAACUGUGAUAGGUGGCGGCGUUGUUACUGCAACGGAAAGCAGUGAUCAAAGCACUUCUGAGAAUGAGGAAAGCGACACAAAGCCCAGCGGCUACACGACGCCGAGUACCGCAUCUGAGGUGGCUGAGCCAGCAAAGUCUGUCCAGAACACCGGACUGAACCUUUCCUUUUGCUCUGUGAUAGAGGCUUUCAAUGAGGUCAAGAGCAAUACCGACGACCAUAUUGUUGAUUACAAGCAGGGCAAUUACUUCGAGACGGUGCUGCCCCUUAAAGAUCAAAUGUGUGUGUCGCUCGUCCUCGAGGCGUUCGACAAGUUGGGACAGCACAUUCGCAAUGCCAAUCCUGGUGACAAAUUUGUCCGCAUUGAACACGCAAGAGAACAUGCCCGACUAGUUGACCACCUGUAUAGAAUGCUCGACGAGGGAGCAGGGCUUGUAAAUAUCGACGGCGAUUGCAUCACUCGCACGGCAGUCCUCCCUCCUUGCUCGAGCAGUGAGAUCCUUGCAGAACUUGCUACUCGCUUCCCUGACCAGAGUAUGGCUGAUGAACUCACCUUAUACACUGGAUCUCAGCUGGCCGAGGUCCUCAGAGGCCAGACAGAUGGGAUCAAGUUGAUCUUCGGAACUCCAAAAGGGCGUGACCUCGUCUUCAACAUGUAUGCGGAAUGGCCGCUCAAUAGGCUAUUCUACCGACAAAUGGAGGGAUUCAUUAGCCGACUCGUUUCUAAAGUCGACAUGGCUCAGGGAGCCAUCAAGAUCUUGGAGAUGGGGGCUGGUACAGGAGGAACGACUAGAUGGCUCGUUCCUCUGCUCGCGGAGUUGAACAUUUCAGUCGAGUACACCUUCACGGAUCUCGCUCCAUCCUUUGUCGCUGCCGCUCGCAAGAGAUUUGGCAAGCAGUAUCCCUUCAUGAAAUUCAGGACACAUGAUAUUGAACAGGCUCCGGCCGACGAUCUUCUCGGCACGCAACACAUCAUCAUCGCCAGUAACGCUGUGCAUGCCACGCACAGUCUCAGGGUGUCUGCAAGUAAUAUCCGCAAGGCCCUACGAUCUGACGGUCUCCUUAUGGUGCUCGAAAUGACAAGUAUCAUGUAUUGGGUCGAUGUCACAUUCGGGCUGUUUGAGGGCUGGUGGUAUUUUGACGAUGAACGCACACAUGCUGUGACGCACGAGUCGCAGUGGGAAACUGAGCUGCACUCGGCUGGAUACGGACACGUCGACUGGACUGAUGGUGCGCGGCCAGAGGACAGACUGGAGAAGCUGAUUAUUGCCUUUGCUUCAGGCGGGAGAUACCUGCGUAAGAUGACGGCCGGAUGGAAGGCUCCUUCGGUGAAGGGAGCUUGGGAAGCCAUGUGGUCCAAAAGCUUGCCAGCAGUCCUGCUUCAGUCUCUGAGACAGAAAGGCAUCUGGCUUCCUGACGAUGCGAUCGACAAACUCACCAUCAUGGAUGCUGAUCUUGCAAGACCGCAACUCGGGCUGUCGAGUCCACAGUACGAAUCCCUUGUCUCAACGACCACGCACAUUAUUCACAACGCCUGGCUCAUGAAUGCGAAAUGGCCGUUAGAUCGAUUCGAGUCCCAGCUUUAUAUCAUGCGCAAUCUGUUAGACUUUGCGUCCGCUGUUGUGGGCCAUGGCUGUAACAUAGUCACAUUUCAGUUCAUCUCCUCCAUUGCAACAGUCGGUCAUUAUCCUCUGCAUACAGGAAGACCUCGGGUCCCGGAAGCGAUGAUGGGAAUCGAAUCUGUUCUCCCCACCGGGUACGGAGACGCAAAGUACAUUUGCGAGCUGAUGCUUGAGUCGACGCUAAGGCUUCACCCAGACAAAUUCCAUGCCAUGACGGUGCGUCCAGGGCAAAUCGCAGGCUCCAGUGAGAGCGGAUACUGGAACCCCCGUGAGCAUUUCUCCUUCGUGAUCAAAUCAUCACAGACACUCGGCGCCCUCCCUCGCUUCGAAGGCCUUCUGUCAUGGGCGCCCGUCGAUUUCGUAGCCGGUACAACCGUCGACUUGCUUUUCCGCGACGACCCACCGUAUCCGGUCUACCAUAUUGAGAACCCGAUCCGCCAGAGGUGGGAAAAUAUAAUGCCUGUGCUUGCAGAUGAGCUGCACCUACCACAGACAAAUAUAAUUCCAUUCUCAGAGUGGGUGCAGCGCGUUCGGGAGUAUAGUCGACAUGCAGGGUCAGAGCGGGAGAAUCCCGCCAUCAUGUUGGUUGAUUUCUUGGAUGAGAACUUUCUGCGCAUAUCUUGCGGUGGGCUCUUGUUGGAGACGAGGAGAUGUCGCGAGCAUUCGAAGACUCUGGCAGAUAUGGACCCGGUUAGUGAGGAUGUGACAGGGUUGUAUAUCAAGAACUGGAGGGCGAUGGAGUUUUUGGAUUGA